AUGCCAGCAGCUAACAUCGUCUCUACGAUUAUUUUCUUUUGCCUCACGGUUCUGGCGACACUGCUCAUCUUCCGACACUAUACACGGGUAUCUGCCAAGAGCAUGCCUUUAUUUUGCCGUGUAUUUAUAAUCAUUGCAUUUUGUUCUUUUAUUUUACCAUUUCCAUUACUUGUUGUGGAUAUCAAUGCUGCUCUUUACGCAAAGGCGAAUCCUUCUACACCACAAGACACAUGGCUUAUUGGUGUUUGGUAUGCUAUCGUAGGUGCAACAUAUAUAAUGGGAUGGGGUGUAUUACCAAUCUCACAAUCAUACACAGAGGUGGGAAAUUUUACGCCUAAGCGUAAAAUAAUUAGUAUAGUUAAAAGUAAUCUUAAAAUGUAUGCUAUUUCAAUUAUUCUACUUGUAGUAUUUUUCGCAUACAUUGCCUUUUUAAAAGGUGCUUAUGAUUCUUUUACCAAUAUUUGGAAACUUGCAAUUUCUUUGGCAAAUGCUUGGGGUCUAAUGCUGCUGGUAUUAUUUAUGUCAGCCGGUUUAGUGGGAGUACCAAUGAUGUUGUGGAGAAAUUCCGAUGCUGUUCGAAUGCUUAGACGUCAGUAUUUUAGUAUUGUAGAUAUUCAGGAAGAUUUGGAUAUUGCUGCUAUGGAUCUUGCAGAUGUAAAGGCAGAACUGAUGAUGAUUCACCCACUCGUAGCGGAGGAGCACAAAAUAUAUUGGUCAGAGAUGAUAGAGGCAAUUGCCACAGCUGAUCGUGAAAUACCUCAAUACCAUUCUGCAAGUGCACGAUUAAAACCUACAUCACAAACGAAUCAUACAGAUGUUUCUCUUCCACAUUUGGAAGAACUUAAUGCACGUGUGAAAUAUUCAAUAAAGAUUGCACAACGAAUGAAUUAUCUAUGGGAAUCUACAAUUCGAAAAUGUCAAUCAUAUGAUGAAUUAAUACAUGGUUCAUCUUCUACAAAUAAUCAAAUAAAAAAAAUCUGGUUUUCCAUACGUAGUGUAGUUUUUAAAGGAUUUGCAGUAUGUACAAGUAUCCUUACAAUUCUCGUUCUAUGGAGUGAACUCGUACUUCCUUUUCAACCAUUAACAUCUAAACGUUUAUCUGUAAUAGCUUUAGUGGUGGAGAGUAAUUUUGAAUUGUCUGGUUCAAUGAUCUUUAUGUUCUAUAUGGCUUAUUGUUCAUACUGGGCUAUUUUGCAAUUUAAAGUUUUUGACAUGUAUGUUAUACUUCCUGGUAUUUCUGAUAAUGCAUCUCUCUGCUUUAGUGCCACUUUCUUGUCGCGUCUCAUAAUGCCCUUAUGUUUUAAUUAUUUAUUAAUUGCCGGUCUCGCGACGGAGGAUAUUGAUGUGAUGUAUGGUCAUGUUUAUCGUCGCAAUAUGGAUGUAAGUUUGGUGUUGGGUUCAUGGCUUAAUCAGUUUAUCCCCAUGUUUAUUCCAUUUGUGUCUGUGUUAGUCCUGUCGAGAGUCGUGGACCGUCUCUUCUUCCUCAUUGGGGUGGAAGUGCACAACCCGGACGAUGCCAUGAACGAGGCGGUGCGGCAACGCAUUGAGGAUGGAUACCGCAUCGUCACCCACGCCCUGGGCCACCCACUCACAGCAUUAGAAACUGACGGCAUUGGGUUUGCCGCCGGAGAUGCGGCCGCGGCGGCGGGUGGGAGGGGGAAUGCCGCACAGAACCAGGCAAGACAACAACAAGAACGAGGAGAGCGAUAUAAAGAGUAUUUGGCGAAAAGAAAAGCUGCAGGUGAAAAGGAGCCAGUGUGA